AUGAAAAUUCUAAAUAUAGAAUGUGAAUUAGUAGUUUUAAAUCUAUAUUCAAUCAAUUCAACAUAUCUUCCAGAAUGUGCUGAAAUUAUUAAUAAAUAUAUUGGACUUGGUUCACCGUAUGUUGGCAUUCAAAUAACAAUCGUUGAUCAAUCGGGAUCGGUCACUUUUUCAAGAGGAAGAUCUCUCUCUUGUUGUCAACAAUACCCAGACAAGAUCAUGGCUGCCAUCGGUUUCAAAGCCAUCUUUAGUAACUCUACCAACUGUGUCGGUACAACCAAUGGAGAAGACCUGGUCCAGACAUUCGAUGUUGCAGGUGUACGUCCAUUGUUCUAUGAUAGUCAAUCAUUUGUUAUCCGUAGAGAUGGAUCGGUCCUACUCAAUUUGGCUAUUGAACAAAAACAAUUUGAUUUCAAUCUAACCUAUUGCAAGGACAAGAUUCUAGUAGGUCACACUGAUUCAAAAUCAUUUAUCUUUCAUCUAUCCAAUGUAAAUUCGAGUGAUGUUGGUGAUGAAAAAUGUGGUGAUGCUCCUAGAACUCCAUUCCCAAAUCCAACAUCUCCAACGACCAAAGUAUCAAUCACCACUACCCUACAGACCUCAUGGAAUGAAGGAGACAUCUUAUAUAGUCUAUGGGAAACAACUAUUAAAAAUAAUGGAGGUGUUAUCAUUAACAAUCUAGUAUUGGCAUCGACGAUGCAACUAAAAGAUGCAACUACAAUGUGGAGAAUGAAUACUGUGUCUCCUGGUAAAUACACCCCAGUUACUCCAUCUCUAGGUGUAUAUGAAUCUUACACAUUCUCAUUUAUCAAAGUUGGUCAUGAUUAUCCAACUUUCACAGUUGUCAAUUAA